GGAGUUCCGGACUGUGGAGAACCGGAUCGGCGUGACCACGGCUGACCCUCCGUCCUCUCCCCGCGGUGGAAACAUGGCACUGAGCCGCCUGGAAAAGGCUCAGGUAUGGCUCUUCAAGGCGGUAAUGGGAGUGUUCUUCAUGCUGUUCCGGCUCUUGUCUCCUCGGAGACCCGCUAUGUCCGGGAAGAAGCUGCCGCCCGUCAGCAACCCUCUCCUGGUCAUGUCAGCGACGCAGCUCGCCAAAAAGAUCCGGAGGAAAGAGGUGUCAAGUGUGGAGGUGGUGCGCGCUUACAUUGACAGGAUCCAGGAAGUCAACCCUUUUCUCAAUGCUGUCACAAAAGACAGGUUUGAUGCUGCCCUGCAGGAGGCGAGCCAGGUCGACAAGCUGAUUGAGGAGGAAACUGGUGGAGAGGAGGUGCUGGAGGACCGACUGCCUUUACUGGGAGUCCCACUCUCUGUCAAAGAGUCCUUCUCCCUUCAGGGUAUGCCCUUCACUACCGGUGUUAUCUCCAGGCGAAGAAUCGUGGCCACAGUCGACGCUCCUCCAGUGGCCUUGCUAAAGAGAGCGGGCGCCAUCCCGAUGGGCGUCACGAACACCAGCGAGCUGUGCAUGUGGUGCGAGUCCCACAACCACCUCCACGGCAUCACCAACAACCCGUACGACCUGGAGAGGAUACCAGGAGGAAGUUCAGGUGGGGAGGGCAGUAUACUGGGAGGUGCGGGCGCUGUCAUCGGCGUGGGUUCAGACAUCGGCGGCAGCAUCCGUAUGCCCUGUUUCUUCAACGGGGUAUUUGGCCAUAAAACCACUCCUGGUGUCGUGUCUCUUGAGAACCAGCACCCUCCUUGUACUGGCAGGCAGUCAGAUUACUGCAGCAGUGGUCCCAUGUGCCGCUACGCUGAGGACCUGCUGCCCAUGCUCAAGAUCAUGGCGGGACCCAACGCUCACAAGUUGUCUUUAGAUAAAAAAGUUGACCUAAAGAAGCUGCGGUUCUUCACCAUCCCUCAUGAUGGCGGCUCUCAGAUGACAUACCCUGUCAGCAAAGAGCUCAUGAACAUUCAGAGGAAGGUUGUGGAGCGUCUGGAGGCCGACCUCGGAGUGAAAGUCCAAGAAGUGAGUUUCCCCGAGCUCCGCUAUGGCUUCCAGAUCUGGGACACCUACAUGGCUCUUCCCGACGAUGAGGGCAAGCCUCCUCAGCCGUUUGCUGAGCUGAUGGGUGAACAAGGACGACCUGUGUGGCCUCUGUGGGAGCUGCUGAAAUGGAUGAUGGGAAAAUCAGAGCAUACCAUGGCUGCUAUCGGUCUCGCCCUGCUGGAGAUGAGCCAUACUUCCAAACCCUCGCCCUUAAUCAUCCAAAAGAAGGAGAAGCUACAGAGGGAGGUGGAGGAGCUGCUGGGGACUGAUGGUGUUUUUCUUUACCCCACACACCCCAGAGUGGCUCCCAAACACCACCACCCACUCUUCAGACCCUUCGACUUCGCCUACACAGGUAUAAUCAACAUCCUCGGGCUGCCGGCCACACAGUGCCCUCUGGGUCUGAAUGAGGAAGGUGUCCCCCUGGGUGUGCAGGUCGUUGGUGGGAAGCUGCAGGACCAUCUGACCCUCGAGAUGGCCCUGUACAUAGAGAAGACGUUCGGAGGCUGGAGGGACCCCGGGGCCAAGUGAAACCACACACCGACAGCCGUCACCAAAUCUCCAGACUGUAUUAAAGAUUGUGGUUCUCUCUUAUCUGCCUUGCUGCUUGCUGUAGUAAACAAAAAGGUACAAUCAGAUUGCUGGAUGUUCAAGUGGCAAAGAGUUGUUCCAGUAAGUGUCGGUCAUGAUUUUUAUGAUUUACCCUCUUCUGGAAGUCAUGAGCACAAGCUUUAUGAAAGAUUUUUAUAUUAGUGGAAAUUUAGCAUUCACGUUAACACACAAAAAGAGGCACUGUCUGUCAACUGUGAAGUCCUGUGUGUUGUGCAGAUACCUACCUUUUAUAGAACAGUUUGUUUUUCCCCAUUUUUGGACUGGCAGCACCUGUAUAGUUACAUGUGUUACAAUUUCCACUCUCAAAAAAGGUCAGCACAUGACAGGUUCAAGGUUUUAAAUGGCCUCCACAUACACAGGUGUUUCUGUUUUAAAUAAUGUCGCCCCUGCUCUGGUUCACACUGAGUGGAGCUAAGCUGAGAGUUUGUGGAUGUUACCUUAAACCAUAUAUGUUAAAAAGUGAUAAAUGCAUAGUGUGUCCCGCAGGAACAGCUGAUCUAUAGAUGACAAUCAAGUGUAGACAUGCUCUCGUAUGGCUGAAGUGGUCAGAAUAAUGAAACACCUGUGAAGACGUGUCUGGGUUUUGUAACUUACUAGAAAGGUUUUAACACCCUGACAAAACCUUAAUUGUGUGAUAAUGUGAAUGUUGCUUAAUGGCAGUUAAUCAAUUGUGGUACCUGUUUUUUUGCUGCAACUCAUUUUUUUUCAUUUAAUAAAAAAUAAAACCUCUGAA